UGAAUAUAAGCGGCAGAAGAACGCACGCGUCACGUGACUUCCGCUCGAGGCCUCUCGCAGAGUGUGUUUGUGAGUCGAUGACCGAACUUUGGGUUUAAAGCUUCACAUCAGCGUCGGUUCGGUGUCCGGUGUCCCGCGAUGGCGUCUGGAUCACCGUGUGUGAACAGCCGGUGGGAUCGGCGUGAAGCGGAUGUUAUUCCGAGCGAGUCGUGUGUGUCCCGUGGCUCGUCGUCUGCAGACGCGUCUGGAGCUCCGCAGGGCGGCGUGGAGAUGGCGGCGGCGAUGGCGGCUAAAAUCAACGCCAUGCUGAUGGCCAAAGGCAAACUGAAGCCACUGCAGCCGCUGCCCAGUAAAGCGCCGCCCGCCGCUCCUCCUGUCGCUGCUGAGGAGCUCGUCGUGGCUGAAGUCGACAUAAACGACGUGCCGAUGGAGUGCAGGAACCUGCUGACCAAAGGCAAAACUCAUGACGAGAUCGGUCAGCUGAGCGGAGCGCUGGUGUCCACUAAAGGCCUGUACAUGAGCGACGCAGACGGGAGCAGCUGCGCAGGGGUGAGACCGCUGUAUCUGCAUGUGCAGGGCCGCCGUCAGGACGACGUCAACAAGGCCGUGGCCAGAAUAAAGCAGAUCAUCUCUGAGGACGUCCUGCGCUCGUCCGGAGGACAGCAGCCCGCCGUGAUGCCCACCGUCCCAGUGUACCGUCAGACCGUCAGCACCGUCCCUGGACACAAGCCGGCCCCGCCGCACACGGGGAGUUUUGUGCACACUAAGAUCUUUGUAGGCCUGGAGCAAUCGCAGCCGUCCUUUAAUGUGAGGGAGUGUGUGGAGGGGCCCUCCGGCUCGUACCUGCAGCACAUUCAGUCUGAGACCGGCGCUCGUGUCUUCCUCCGAGGCAGAGGCUCCGGAUACAUCGAGCAGGCGUCCCGCCGCGAGUCCUUCGAGCCACUCUAUCUGUACAUCAGCCACCCGAACGCCGCUGGCCUGGACGCAGCCAAGAAGCUGUGCGAGAAUCUCCUGGACACGGUGCGGGCGGAUCACGCACGGAUCAUGUCGUCGUAUCCCUCCACAGCUUCUGCUCCAGUUUACCCGACACACAGUUACUCUGCAAAUAACAGCUACGGCGGUCAGUCGUGGUACGGCUACCCGAACUCCUAUCCCACGUACCCCAGUGCCUUCUGGGACAACUCCAGCGCAGCGAGCGGCCAAUCACAGCGGAGCAGCGGUGCGGUGCAGUAUCCGGUGUGCAAACAGAGCGGCUUCCUGCUGCAGGAUGAGGAUGCAGCAUCAGGUGGAGCGGACAGCGGCUCCAGUCCAAAGCAACACUCUGCAGAAGAGGAGCAGAAAACACAGAUCUCCACAGAUGUUUCCGUCAAGGACGUCAGUGCAGCAGACGACAGCAGGUCUUCAUGGCUCUGGACGUUGAUGCCACCGCCAGCAGCUCCAAUCAGAAAGAGACCGAGAGAAGAGACCUGCAGCAAAACCCUCACGCACACAGCUGAAGAACAGCUGAUGAUGAAGAAGAUGAAGAUUCCAGAAGACUGCAGCAGCUCCUCUGGACUCGUUCCGUACGGAGGAGAUUCGUCGGAUGAGGAGGAGGAGCGCAUGCGCAGCGGGAGUAAGAGCUCCAUCUAAACGCAUGUCUGUGCAGAACUGCAGCAUCAGACUUUUUAUUUGAUCACGUUUUAUUGGCAGGACUGAUGUGUAACUGUUCCUAUGGAAUAAUAAAAGAAAGAAACCCCA